AUGGAUAGUUCACCAGAUUUGAGUGUUAAGUUACGACGCGGGUCAAAUGAUUCACGAGAUUCUUUCUAUAUGGGAUUUGCUCAAGGAAUCGACUCAGACAUUGAAGAAGUGACUACUGUUCAGAAUGUUCCCCCUCCACCAGUUUUUUCUACUUCUGAGGAACAACCUCAACUGCAGUCUGCUGAAAUUCCUCCCGAAGAAACUAUACAAGCACCCGAAGAAAUAGUUCUUGUGUUUGAAGAGCAACGGUUAGAAACUGAAGUGCCGGAAGAAAAAGAAGUUGAGGAAGUUGCUGUUGAAGAAGAAACUGCUCUUGCAUGUGAACCACCUGAGUUUUCGAUUGAACAAAUUCCACCUCCCCCACCUCUACCCGAAGAAGAUGAAGAAGAAACAAAUACAUCAGUUACAGUCAUUCAAUCGAAAAAUAAAACUCCAUCUUCGUCAUCUUCUAUUAAUGCAGUUGAUUGUAAAAUCGACGAUGAUAAUCGUGACGAUUCAUCUCCAACUGAUUCAAUGCCACCAGCACCAACUCCCCCGCCUUUAGGAUUUCCUUUGUCAUUAGAAAAAAGUGGCAUAAUGGAAGCAUCAUCUCAAGCGUUGGUGCCAUCACCAUCAUCACCUGACAACACAGUUGUUUCACUGGAUGCACUCAGUCAUCACUCGUCUCCAGCGAAAUCAUCUCGAGUUCUUCAUUAUGGUCAACACGUAACUAUUGAUGAGACGCGUUUGCCACCAUCACUCAGAUCAUCACAUCAUCAGCUCUUACAACAAAGUCGAAGAUCAACUCCUUCGUCACCUCCACCACCCUUUCAGUCAGGACCGUUGACACCGGCAAUGAGUGUCAUGAGUAAUCAAUCUCUUAGUCAUAUUGAUUCUUCGCAAGCAGUUGUGCCUCAUCACUCAACAUCUUAUCAGGUUGAUUCACAAACAUCCAAAGCGCCAACAAGCGGUGCGUCAACUACGACACAACAUUUGUCUGUUCUUUAUCAGACUCAUCAUCAUUUACAUCCAAUACUCACAUCACCAGCACGACGACCAUCAAGGUUGCCUGACACUAGUCGAUUUUUGCAUCAGCAAUCACUUGGGUUCGGUUCAGAACAAAGGGAAAUAAAAGCAUCGGAGGCAUUUUGCAGCACUCUUUCUGCUCUUUAUGGAAAAAUAUUAGUUGUAAUGGGUAUUGCAUUUCCAAUGGCUGAAGUGAUAUCCUCUUAUAUUCCACCUUCAUUUUACGAGGGAUUUUACUUGUAUUUAUAUAUCGGAAGUAUGAUAUUCUUGUUAUUUAUGUAUGCUACAAUGUUCUGUGGAUCAAAAUCAUCUGUCGCAACAUCUGUUACACAAAAAUCGACAAGUCCUGUUAAAGCUCAAAAAUCUUCAGAGAGAACUUCAUCAGAUAGUGGUGACCAAUCUGAUCACGAAAGUGACAGCAGCAAUCAAGGCCCUAGAAAAUCUUCAAGAACAAUUGUUGCUAUGCGACGACCAUCGAUAAUGGCAGCGACUGCUAUGAAAACACAACAUUAUGGAAGUUUCUAUCUUCGGAUGGGCGCUGUUGCAUUUGGAAUCGGAAGCAUGAUCUAUUCUGGUUUAGAAAUUGGUCAAUACUUUGAACUUGAAAGGGAUACGAAAUGCCAUAAUGUUCUUUUAGCACUAACGCCAGCUACAAGAAUGGCAUUUAUAUUCAUCCAAAUGUAUUUUAUAUUUCUUAACAAUGAGCAAAUAAAAGUUUAUCGACACAAGAUUCUUGCAAAGUUUGGACUCAUGCACAUGAUUGGCACAAACUUGUCAGUCUGGUUUAGUGUUUUGAUUCAAGAGACAAAGCACGAAAUUUUGACAUUUUAUGACCCAGAAAAUAGAACCUUGAAGAUUUCUCAUCGAUUAGGGAACAAAGUUGUUGUGACUGCUUUGGAACAAGCGCAUACACGGAUCGCUCGAGGUUUAAAAGGGCCUCAUAAUAUUUUUGAAUGUAGAAGAUCAAACAUUUUAGGAACUUUGGUGCAAGAUGCUUCACCAUUUCUGUUUCCCUGCACAAUAGAAUAUUCUUUAAUUUGUGCAGCAAUACUGUAUGUAAUGUGGCGUAACAUAAGUCGUCCCGAUCCUGAACCUAAUGAAGUUGUUAGAUCGGAAUUACAUCCUUUCAAAAGAUCUCCACAUCAUUACUCUGUUGAUUGCGCUGGUGCACAUAAAGGCUUAUUCAUCGGAAUUCUUAUGCUGGUUCUGUCAAUCAUUUCCUUGAUUCUCUUUUUUGUUUUGAUAUCAAAACCAGAAUUUACGAAUUUCGCUGUUACUGAAGUUAAUAUAUGUGAAUUGACAUUGUACGGUGCAACAACUUUAGCGACUCUGGUGGGAAUGAUACAAGUUCGUGCUUUACAUUAUGACUCUACAAGAAGCUUUAGUUUGGAUGAUAUUCUACUUGUUGGUGCACAAACUGGAUCGUUUCUUUACAGCACAUUCACGAUCAUUGGCGCUCAUUUAACACUUGAGAAAAAUACGAUGCUAAUAUUUAUUACUGCAAUGGCAUCAUUAGUAGAAACCGCAUUUCAAACCAUGUUUAUACUUGACGCUAGUCGAAGGUCUGCUGCAACGCCGGAUCAUAUUCGUAAGAAGCCUGGUCGCGAGAUUGUGACAUUUCUUCUCGUCUCAAAUUUAGCGAUGUGGGCGAUUAACACACUAGAAAAGUCACGAGCUGAAAGUCAUCCGCUACAGUUGCAUUUUUAUGGCCUUUGGGCUUGGACGAUUAUCACCCACGUGUCAAUGCCUUUAGCGAUAUUUUAUCGCUUUCACAGUACUGUGUGUUUAUGUGAUAUUUGGAAACGAGCAUGGAAGAUGAAACCGGCAUACAUGUAAACAUAAAAAUGUGAAUUUUAUUCCUGAAUCAACAUCAAUCAAGUCUCAACACUUUAUCCAAAAUUUCAUCGACGUUGACAGCGACAAACUUUCUUCUGUUACAGACAAAAUGUGAAGACAUCUUUACAAAAUAAAAUCGAAUUGUCUCUUUUUAUAAAUAUUUUGUUCGAGAAGUGACGCUGAGUUAAAACAUGCCCGUAAAUAUUGACAGUUUCUUCUUCAAAUUUAUUAGUGAGUUAAUAAGAAUAAAUAGAAUUUAUCAUACAGGAAAGAUAAUUCCCCGAUGUAGUCUUUUGAUGAACUUAAAAACUUAAAAAUUUCAAUUAAGAUAAAUUCUGAGAAAUUGUACCCACCUAACAAUCUACUCGUACUCCUUGAAAGGGAACAACUUUACUAAUAAACAUUAAUUCCUUCUCGCAC